AUGGCGAACAACAGCGACCUCGUAAGGCUUGCACAAAAGCUUGCCUCAAAAGGCCCAUACAAAGUCGAGCAUACAGCACGUCGAGUACGAGCAUUAUUCAACGGUAAAUACGUCAUCGACACAAUACAAGCCUACCACGUCUGGGAGCAUCCAAACUUCCCCCAAUUCUACGUCCCAAGCUCCGCAAUCGUAAAUGCCACCGACCUGCGCAUGUCUCACAGCGCCAUCGAAGGGACCGACUCCCACGUCCACUUCGGGACUCUGACCAUUGGCCGACACUCCACUGACCGCAUCCUGAUCUUCAAAAACACCAUGAAUAACCUCAUAAAAUUCGAUUUCCAUGCCAUGGACCAGUGGUUCGAAGAAGACGUCCCCGUUUACGGACAUCCCAAGGACCCUUACAAACGCAUCGACAUCCUCCACUCGACGCGUAACGUCAAGGUAGGUAUUGACGGCGUGACACUUGCUGAGUCGUCAAGCCCGUCGUUUUUGUUGGAAACGACGCUGAGGACGAGGCAUUAUCUGCCGCCUACAAGUGUCAACUGGGAAUACCUGAGGAAAAGUGAUACGGAGACGCUUUGUCCGUAUAAGGGAAGAGCGAAUUACUAUCAUGUUGUGGUUGAUGGGAGAGAGUAUAGAGAUCUGGUGUGGUACUAUAGGUACCCUACGAGUGAGAGUGCACCGAUUGCUGGGUACAUGUGCUUCUACAACGAGAAAGUUGAUGUUUGGGUGGAUGGGAACAAGGAACAGCGAUAG